CCUCUUUACGCACAGUUUGGACUGCAGCUCCUAUGAGUCUUUGCAGAGGGAAGGGCUACGUUGGAUCGGAGGAGUCAUUUGGCGGGAAAGGAUGGCAGGAGCCGCUGGUGGGCGGCAGCGAGAUAUGCGGGAUUUCAUCACCGGUCUUUUCCGGGGAAGCCCUGACCUCAGCAUCCUCACUCAUGCCAUUGUUCGGAAGAAGUAUCUUGACCAUGUUGGGCAGGAAAAUCUAUCUAAAGAGGAGAAGGAGCAACUCAAACGACUGGUGGAGGAAGAGCUGGUCCAGAUGAAGAUUGAUGAACCCCCAGGCAAUCUAGAAUUAAGGACUGAAGUCCAGGAUUCUUUCAAAUCUGGAGACCGCAAGAGACCCCAUUGCAUCUCUGACACUUCAGAUGAAGAGAUCAAAAACGAACAGGAGCAGAAGAGACAAAGGAUUGGAAAGAAGUUAGAAGUCAGUUCUGAUGAAAGGGAUUCUGGGAUUGAUUCCAAGAAGCAGCUACUCCGUGGUGGUCCAAAACUUCUCAGGAGGUUCUCGGAUUCUUCUGACCAAGGAGACUCUGGAGCUGAAGAUCACACUGCUGAGUCUGGAAGCGAUGAGGAAAGUACAAAGAGCAAAGGAAAAGAACCACUUCAGGAGGCAAGAAGGGAGAGACAAAGAGGCAGCAAAACAGCCAAGGGGCAGUGGAACAGGGGCCCGCAGGACAGGGUGGGGAGUGAGUCUGAGGAGGCCACUGACACAGGACAGGGUGACCUUGAAGAAGAGGUUGAAGAACACAGGAAGGUCUCAAAAGGGAACAGUUUGAAGCAAAGAGACUUGAAGCUCAGGGAAAAGGUGGUCAAAGAACUGAAGGCCACUGAUCCCAAAGGCAAAGAAAAGAACAGGAAGAUGAAUGAGCAAAGAAGGGGAAAGAACAAAUUGGAGGGGGGAAAUUAUCUGUCUGAGGUGGAGAAAAUCUCUGAAAAGAAAAGAAUCGAGUGGAGUGAGAGUGAAGAGGAGAAGUCACUCGGUAGAGAUAAAGCACAAGGUAGGGCGGGUCAGGGAACUCAGAAGGGUUCAAAGGGGAAUGAGAGUGAGGAAGCAUCAGGGGGUGAUUCUGAUAAAAACUGUAGUCUGCAGAAGAAGAAGGCAAACCGUCAGUGCAGAAGGAAGAGUAGGAGUAUUGAGGAUUCAGGGAGCAGUUCCGAGGACUCUGCAGGUCAAAGUCCAAUGAGGAAGGCGAGAGCAAGAAGGGCAAGCGGGGAGAGAUGGAGCCAGCAGGCCAGGAAUUAUCCCAAACACAAAAGGCAGCCUAAAGAGAGAGGGAGGAAGAAGAUGCCAAGGGAAGACUUGAGCAGGAAGGAACUGGAGGUAGAGAAGAAGAUGACGCAAAGGAUUCAGGAGUCCAGGAGAAGCACCAGUGAAGAAUCUGAAAGUGAGGCAGAUGAGUCUAAGAGCUUGAAAGAGGAGAAGAAGGGGAUGCAGGAGUCCACUAGCAGUGAUGGGGAAUCACAAAACGAGACCAAGGAAAGCCAAGGCCAGCCUAGGAAGGGGGCUCUAAGAAGUCCCCCAUCAGAAAGUGAUGAAAGCGAGGAUGGAGAUCGGAGGGAAAACAGGAUGCUGAAAAAGAAGGGCAUGGGCCUCUCUGGGAGCAACUCAAGCCAAGAGGAGGAGAAGUCGAAGAACAGAAGGGCAGAAAAGUCGCAGAGAAAGUGUGUCAGUGAAAAAGUAUCGGCGCUUGAUUCGGAGGAUUCUGGAAGUGAGUUUAAGGGAAAGAGAAGAAGCCAAAGCCGGCAGAAGAGAAGGACAGAAAAGCUCAGGAGGAGAAGCACUAGCAAGGAGAAACAUGGGGAAGAAUCCGUCAAGGAAGAGGGCUCCAGCACAGAAGAGGGCGAGCCCACUUCUUCUAAUCAGCAUCAUCUUGGAAAGGACAAGAAGCAUCAUUCUGGAAAAAACGAGGAGCAUCCAUCCAUCCAACGCCUGAAACGCUAUAUCCGGGAAUGUGGUGUGCGGCGGAAUUACAAAAAACUCCUGGCGGGUUGCCGCUCCCGCAGAGCUCAGAUAGAAGUUCUCAGAGAAGAGCUGGGAAGUCUCGGCAUGAAGGGAGCUCCAUCUCUAACCAAGUGUAAAGCCCUAAAGCAGAAGCGGGAAGAAGCGGCCGAAGUGGCUUCACUUGAUAUCAACAACAUUAUUGCUACAGAAGGCCGUCCGAAGCGUCGUAAUGUCUGGAGCCUUUACAGCAAGCCCCAGGAGUCACCCAGUUCACCAGAGGAGCUGCCUCUUCGCCGUCGCACUACAGACUGGUCCCACCUUCGAGGAAUUAUCAGUUCAGAUGGGGAAAGCAGUUGACUCUGAGGUAGAGAGAGGCUGGCAUUCGCUCAUUUCAUUGCCCUGCUUUGGAGAGGAAAUGCGGAUUUAACUCAUCAAACAUCCAAGAGGGGACCUCUUUAUGCUUAACCGUUUUUCCCCCCUCUUC